AUGGAAAAAAGACGUCAAAACCAGUCCUGCGACCAAUGUCGCCGCUCCAAGAAGGCCUGCGAUGGCUAUCUUUUGAACAGAAGCCAGCCCUCUCCCGACUCCGCCGCUGCAGCCCACGGGUCCGCAGGAUUGCUUCCCUGCUCAUACUGCGCCAAGACCAAAAAGCAGUGCAGCUUUAAUUCGCAAUGGGCCAAACAUUCAACGUCGCCUGUUGACCAUCCUUCUACCUCGAGCAGUCGAAACCCCACAUCUCAUCACCCCCACACCAAACGAACAAGAUCUGGGUCGCAUUCAGAAUCUCUUGAAGAAGAUCUAAACCCCGCUAGCAUCUUGCAGUUCUUGCAGACGCCCACUUCAAACAACAACUAUGACUGGACGUCAUCAUAUCCCGAAACCGACGUGCCGUCUGUUUCCUCCCUUGAGGGCCAUCUGGCAUCUAUUUUCAAUCACGAACCCUUGACGGCAGGAUAUGACGAUUCAUUUCUCGGGCUUACUUCUAUGGAAUCUCCCACUCGCUCUCAGCCGUUGGAGAAUGUCACUCUGGAUCAAUUCGGUCCAUCUACCAUUCAAGACGACUUGUUCAGCCAAUCUAAUGCAGACAUUCAAAGCUCGAUCUGGAAUUCUACCGAGUCGCCCCGUCAUGUUCAGGAACCCACCAUAACAGUAGCCUCAUCACCACGUUCCAGCCACAGCAGUCGAAGCCGGCGCAGGCUCAACUCUGACCAGAAUGAUACUACCAAAUCAUCCAUUUCCCCAUUUACCAUAGACAGCGAAAUUGUGGCCAAAUCAAAUAACAACCUCAUCACGGAGAGCCUCCUCCGGAUCUAUCACGACGUCCUUGAAAACAACUUGGCUUGCUGGAUCGCAGAGGAGACCUGCCCAUUUACCACACGCCAGCGCCAUCGAGCGCCAUUCUCCUUAACAGAGCUCCAACGGUACCCAUCUCCGACCUCCGGCUCCAUCAUGUCGGAAUGGGGAGCAGUGUGGUCGAACCGAAUGUACAGACGGGUAAAGCAGCUCGACCGUGUUGCCAGAGCCGCCAAGAUUGUCCAUGUGACGCCCUCGGAGAGUCGCGCCGUGUCGAAAGCCUUGGACCUUGCGAUAGCGGCGUUUGCAACGCAAUGGACGCAAAAUGAUCGUCGGCGGAGACAGAGCACCCAGCGAAGGCAAGAAGAGUCAGAUGACGACGAGCAUAGUGAUGAGGAUGAUUUUGAAAACAGCUUCGAGCGAAAUCUUCAAUACUCGAUUUGGGAACAGGCGAGGUCAGCUCUGAAGGACGUUGCUGAUGUGGAAUGCUUCAGGAUCGUGUACGCGGAACUGGUCUUUGGCAUGAUCCAGAAACCAUGGGAUGAUGUUGAAACGUCGCGGAGCAUUUCCAAGGACAAGGUGGAUGAGCUGAAGUCUACUCUGAACUCUAUUCUCGCUGGAGAUGGUCCUCCAGUGUUCCUGGAACGAGCCGCUCGGAAAAUACAUGCGCUAAAGUUUCGUUUCGAGGCAGCACAAUUGGGAUCCCGACCACCGGGGCCGGGAUGCUCUGAGAAGCAACGCGCCACGGCAUUGAAUCAGAUUACCUCGGAGCACCGGGGCACAGUGGGUUUGCUUUUCUGGCUGGCGACCAUGCUCGACACUGUGUCAUCAUCGGUGAAUCACAGGCCAUGUGUCAUAUCAGAUGAAGACAGCCAGCACGAAGAAGAUCACGAGGCGGCCAUGAAGCAAGGUCGAACUGUGAUAUUACGGAAUAGCAGACGCUGGAAGCUGGGUCUCUUUGCACAAGAUGACAUUGAGAAGCCAUCAACUCUCCACUGGCCCUGUGCGUACGACGUUGCUACCCAGGCGAUUGCCCGUUCCGCGGGUGUCAAAGUCCUAUUAUUUAGAUAUGUUUCAUACUUCCAAACCGCCAUACGGAAAAAAGAGAGCCCACAGGCCAUCGAGGAUGUCAUAAGCUCCACCACGUCCAUCUACAGAUAUUGGAACACGACACACGGCGUGUUCUUCCGAGAUCUAACUAAGAAUUACGACUCUCUUCCCACACGCAUCAAAAGCUGGUUUCCUUGUAUCGGCAUUCCGUGGCAUCUCGGAUCUCUCAUGGUCGCCGAUUUGCUGGAAUUCGUCGAUGACAAUAGCCUCGGACUCGAGGACCGCCGCACCGCGAGGAAAACAGCCAAAGUAGCGUCAGCUAUCAGGAGAGCAACGUGUAUCGAGCUUGCAGAUUUGGCACGCGCGACGCAACCGGGACGUCUAAGGGGUACGGAGCCAGAGCAGCUAGCCGAUCUUCAUUUUGCGAUGAAUGAGAGCGCACUUCUGGCUGAACCUUGGACCAUGCUGCUUGUGAGAGCGUUCGCAAGAGCAGCCAUUUUCCACAUGGAUACGGCAGUUAGUGUGCGAGAGGAGGAAUUGGCUGCUCUUGGCCAUGAGACAGGUGAGCUCGAGGUAUGGGUCAAGCGAUGCGAGAGCUGCAUUGGGUCGUUGUGGUUCCUGGGCAGGAAGUCCGGGAUGGCGAAGAGUCUGGCCAAGGUUCUUGCUCGGGCACUUCAGACGCAAACCUCUGCAGACGAACCUGACCAGGAGUCACAGUUUGGCCACGAAGAGUUGGGCCCUGUGCUUUCAUGUUGA